GCGAGUCAUGCAGUCGUUUCGGGAAAGGUGUGGUUUCCACGGCAACCAGCAGAACUGCCAAUCAGCUUCUCAGGACUCCUCACGCCUGGAGAAUUACAGGCAUCAAAGUCAACCGGGGCCCAACUGCGAGCGUCAGAGGCAGGUGACCAAAGGCUAUUAUGUCCAGACAUCUUACCAAGGCUACGAGGACGGCGCGGGGGAGAAGUAUCCUCGGGGCGACAAGCACAUGAAUGUACAGCAGCUCCAAGGCCGGGUGUCUUUCGCAAGCUUCCCGGAGGGGAGUGCAUACAGUGGACAAUAUCCCGGGGAAGAUGGGCUCCAGAACUGGGGACAGUCUCAGACUUUGGCAGGCACAAAGUACGAGGGAGGCCUUAUCAAGAAGAUACCCAGGGAAGGCAGGGGGUAUCAAGAUCAAACUGGUCAAAUGCAGUUUCGUUCCCACAAUCUGCACCAUCCACAGCAAACGUCCCUCCCCUACGCCAAGUUGCCCAGGCAGAAGGUCCAAAACGACGUGCCGUCUUCUCCCCUUUCUUUCAACCAAUCUUCCCACUUCAACCAGAGUUUUCCCACCGCUUCCACCUACUCGUCUGUGCCGGGGGGCAGCCAGGUGUCGCACUCCUUCAAGAGCUGCACUGCUCCCUCCAACCCGCCCCAUGAACGUGCCAUGGCGGGCACCAACCAGCGGGUGCAGGCCAUGCAUGCUUACCAGUCAUCCAGGAUGGGUUCUUACGAGCAGCCUCAACGCCACCACAACCAAGAGACUUUGCAUUACCAAAAUAUGGCCAAAUACCAACAUUACAAUCAACAAGGCCAGGCCUACUGCCAAUCGGAAACUCCGAACAGGACUACAGAACAGUAUUACCAAGCAUUCAGUCCUAGUUCUAACCAUUCCCCGGGCCGCUCGGUGGGAAGGUCCCCGUCAUACAGUUCUACACCAUCUCCUCUAAUGCCAAACCUUGAGAACUUCCAGUAUAACCAGCAACAGCACAGUGCCGGUACAUUUCCAAUGGGUAUCAACGAGCACAGUCACUACAUGCCGCUUCUUAAUCCAUCACCCACAGGCACCUCCAGCCCGGACUCUCAGACUAAAAAUAUACAGAAUGACAAAAUUCCCGAGACCCUGCUUUCUGACCUCAGCCUGCAGAGCCUCACUGCCCUGACCACCCAAGUGGAGAACAUCUCCAACACGGUGCAGCAGCUCCUGAUGUCCAAGACCGGAAUCCCCCAAAAGAAAGGACUGAAGGCUUCUCCCAGGACUCCGGAACAAAUGAAAGGACAGCAUUGCAGUCCCGAGAACAAUACUUACUCUUCAGGUACCCCGCAGUCUGUGCAAACUGAGAUUCAAGAUGCAGACUACCUGAGUGGCUCAGAAGACCAGCUGGAAAGGACUUACUUGUACUGUGGUCCAAGCCGAAGCCCGGGUAGGGCAAACAACUCCAAGAUGAAACCAGAAUCAAUUUCUACAUGUUCUGUGACUUCUCCAGACAACAUGUCCACCAAGUCUGACGAUUCCUUCCAAAGUAUCCAUGCCAACCUGCCCCUAGAGACUUUUGCCAAGCUGGUGAGCAGCGAGAGAGAGUGCCCACACUUGUUGGUGAACGCGCUGUCCCAUGAGGAGCUGUCCACGGAAAUCAUCGCUUUGCAGGAUGCCAUCGAUAACGAGAAAGCGGAGAAAGCUUGGGUCGAUUCGCCUGCUUUGAAUAAUAGCAACAAUUCCCCCAAGUCACCGUUCAGUUUGGAAAACCACACUUCCUGCGUGGAGUCCGGGGUGAAAAACACUUGGUCCGACCAAGGUGCUGUAGGACAGUUUCCAGACGCUUUGAAGAACAUCCCAGACAAGGCGCAAAUGACCAACCACAAGGACUUUGACGAAAAGUACUACAAGAAGGAGGAAUUUCCUGUGGUUCCAUCCAAAGUCACCGAGACGACUGAAAACUCUGGAAGCUUCAGCUCGGAAAACAACAUUAGAACUGCCACCUCCAGUGCAAGUUGCACCAAAUUUUCUAAUACGAUCGCAAACACCACCUGCUCCAAGACGACUCAUCCCUUCGACUGGCCAGACAAGAACGUGUCUGAGUCUUGCCUGAGGUGGAAGGACAUUGAAUUGACGUUACGCUCCUCGGAUCUGCAGAAAGGCAUGUUUCAGACCAAAGACAGCAAGAUUAAUUGCCAGCUUGAUGUUCCCGACGUGGAGACCCCUCUCGAGAAUGAUUCCGGAGAAGAGUUUAACAAAGACGGAGGAGAGGACUUACCCUACGCAAAUGACGCCAAAGGCGACGACGAGAAGUGGUUGGAAGACACGAGGGACUGUUACACCGAGGAUGAAUUUAAUGAUAUCCCGGACUUACCGUCCCAUAAAGAGUCCGCUCUUGAACCAGAAGACUACUCCUCUUUGUGUGACUUUUCAGACAGAAAGUCUUUCAUAUACGAGGCCUCCACGCCGAAACCUUUAAGAGACGUGGAAGCCUUUUCUUCCGUCAAUACCCCGGAGUCUGUGGUAAACCCCAGCAUGGAGGAGAAGGAAAAUUCAGUGCCUUCAUCUCAACUUUCUGACCACUCGAUCAUUUUGCUUGGUCCCGCUGUGGGCACGGAGUGCAAAGUGAAGAGCUGGUUUGAAUCUACGCUCUCUCAUAUUAAAACGGGGGGAGACGUAGAGAAAAAUAAAGAUGACACAGCGGGUAACUCGACUGAGCCUUCAACGCUUCAGGAGGCAGAAGGAGACUUUAAAGUGCCCGAUAGUCAGAAAAUGGAAGAGGAGAUGGAGAGGGAGCUGCUCUGCGGUGAAAGGGGCCAAUGCAGAAUAUCAGAAUCUGUUGAGGCUUCUGGAGGCUAUCAAACCCAAGCCAACGAGGCUGAUGCUGCAGCAGAUGAGAUUAAGAAAGAAGGUGGCAAAGCAAUAUCUCUUGAUCCAGUGGCCAAAGUUCCAGUGCCAGCGGGAACGCCUGCUAGAAUGUGUACCCGCUCCUCAAUCGCAAAGGUGGAACCCCAAACAUACGUCCCUGUGGUGGGGCUGAAGACGCCACAUCCCGAGAAACUCACUAAAAGAGGUGCUUUCGGUGUGAAGCAGAGGGCUCCGUUUAAGCCAGGGAGAAGAGGAGGGAAAAAUGCCGUGAAGAUGGUGACUGCCCCUAUCGACCAAAACAAUUUCAUUCUCCAAGGCAAGCCACCCAACAGCCUCCCCGGUGCUCAGAAAGUGAAAGAAAACGGUAUGAACAUCAUAAAGGAUGAGAGGUCAAUGAUACUAAGGUCCCGGAGCAAGAAACAGGAGCUCUUCCAGACGAAAAGGAGGAAAGGAAAGCGGGGAAUGAGCCUUGUGUUGAAAAAACGCGCGUCGUUGAAGAAAAUCAUUGCCAACAAUUGCACCCUGUCCGACACCUUCAAGCUCGUGCCCAAAGUACGGAAGAGGAUGAAACUUUCGAAGGCGAGCACCGGGAUCAACGGCAAGACGGCUGAGCGCGCCGUACACCCCCUGAAGAGGAAGCCGAGCUUCAUAUCUCCUGUGCCGGCCAAAAAAAGAAACGUAAUCUUGCGCGGCAAAAAUGUGAAAGAGGAAAAGACUGAAGUUGCCCCGAAAUUAUUCAAAAAAAUUAAGCCAGCGAAGAAGGAAAAAGUCAAGCUCAGCAUGGCAACAAAGAAGAAGUGUAAGGUCAUCAUUAACAGUUCUUCUUCAAGAGUAACUCCCGAGGUUUGUUUAAAGAUGGCUUCAAGGUCACCGUACGCUGGAGCCAUGAAAACCAAAGUACUGCCACCCAGAAAGGGUAGGGGUCUAAAGCUCGAGGCAAUUGUGCAAAAAAUAACUUCCCCAAACCAAAAGAAGCAAGGGGUAGCUAGCUUAGGGCCACACAAUAACGGGUCACCUGGCAGCACUCCCCUAAAUGCUCUUCUGCACGGAAGGGACCUGAGGGAUUCCAGCAUAGUUUCGGUCAACUCGGAAACGGUGAUGCUGGAGCAUGACAUGACCCAGAACGAACUUCCGAAACCCGAUCCGGAAAUCCAUGCUUUCAACUGCAGAGGACCGAAGAACAAGGCCUUGAAGGGAAAGCCGUUCCACAGUAAGGUGACCACGAAUUCCCUGCUUGGUGAGGUGGACACGCGCAUGGUGGCAGAACACGAGGGCAGCUGUGUCAAUAACCUGAGCUCGGUUCCAAAGAAAAGGAUCAGAAGAGGAAGGUCCAAGACUGUAUUAAGCACCACCAAAGGUGCGGCCAAGAAACCGGUGGGAGCUCCUUCUUCUGUUCUCCUUACAUCUCGAGACAAGGCCUCGUCGGACGUUGGCUUUAUAAGUGACAAACACAGAUCCACCCAAUACAAGCAGCCGGAGCUCAACGACAGCCCCAUACUGGCCGAUGGGUCUGAGGAAAUUCUAGUCCAGACCCAGACUAGGAAAAAGAACAAGCACCCGGCUCUCAACGGCUAUACUAAGAGACAGCGCAAGUGUCCUCCACGCAGCAAGUCCACAAACCAAGCCGCUGGGAGUAAGCGAAGGGCGAAGGGAAGGAAUGCCCCCCUCAUUAGCCCCAAAGAACCCGAAAUCAAGCUUCGGUAUGUGUCUACUAAGCCCGCGAGGGCCGAGAGUAGAAUCCGACACUUCACCCCAUAUGUCCAAGUCGAGAGAAGGAAUGAAUUCGCUACGACUUGCACCGUGAUCAACACUAUAGGCGAGGAAGCGAGACUCAUAAAGGAGAGACGCGCCACGUAUUCUGUGCCUCCCAAUGUAUCCUUUGCCAGCCAAGGAUCUCUGCCGGGCUCCUCCAGGAUGCAGCUGGGGCCCCUGGUGUGCAAGUCGGUAAGCUCAGGCUGCCACGUCUGCUGCCUUUGUAGGUGUCCGGCCAACUAUAAAGACUUAGGAGACCUGUGCGGGCCCUACUACCCGAUGGACAGCCUCCCCAACAAGAAAGUCAGGCCAAAGGAGAGGCUGAAGACGGAGGACAGCUUGCUAGAGAAGUCCGCCAGGGUCCCGGACGUGGUUUGGCCAGCAGGGAGUGGAAGGACGCCUUGCGUCGACGGUGGAGCCGCUGACUCGGUCAAGAGCAGCAACCUGCGCUCGAGCGCCCGCGGGCCGCUGAGGAAGCUGCCCUCCUGUUACUGCUGCAGCAAAAAGGCCGAGGUGAUGGAGGCCGAGAAGCCGAGGAGGCAUCAGUGCAGCAAGACGGCCGAGCCUCCCCCGCCCCUGGACCCCGCCCCAGAGACUCAGGAGCAUUGGGUACACGAGGCGUGCGCGGUGUGGACCAGCGGAGUUUACCUGGUAGCCGGGAAACUAUACGGCAUCCACGAGGCCAUACAGAUGGCAUCCACAGGGCUCUGCCCCAAAUGUCAGAAGCCGGGAGCCACGGUGGGGUGCAGCCACAAGGGAUGCGCGCAGAGUUACCACUACACAUGCGCAACGGAGUCAGGUUGCUUAUUAAACGAAGAGAAUUUCUCCUUACGAUGCCCUAAACACAAGAGACACCUGGUGUAAGCAGCCGCUCCACCCCGUCACCCUCAUCACAUCGAAGAUCUUUCGUUCACUCCUUGGCACUUUAACCAUGUCCUGCAGGGGAGAGAGAGAGACGCGGGGGGUCCCUGGUCUUCCACCCACAGUUAUUACCGGUUGUGCCGAGGCUGCGGCGGCGCAUCGGGUAGCGAGGAGGACCCUCGGUGCGGUGGACACGUUACUGUCUUGCAGAACGCGCCAGGUCAGAGGAGGAGAGACUCAGCGAGAAUCCAGAAAAGCGAAACGCGUCGGUGGAGUUUCUAUCACUGGAAAGGUCUGUGGAUCCUCCAGGCAGACGUCACGGGACUGGAGAGACCCAACACCGCAG